UUCCUCAGUUCCAUUUGAACUUGGGGGAGAAUUGCUCGCCGCGCCGAGCCUUCCCGUUCGCGAGGGAAUUACAAUUUCCCAACACGAAGUCACGCGAUAAUAAGAACCUUUUGGACCAUAAUUUUAUUUAAAACGAAACAUGUGAAGCUUCUUACGAGUUAAGUAUUUCUUCAUGCCGGUUCGGAUGCUGAUUUAAAAGUGAGGAGUACGGCCCUCAGGAGAUGGUCAGUUCACCCGGGCGCUCAGAACGGCCACGAAAAUUGCUUCCCACGGGCAAGGCAGUCCGGCGCGCGCGUACAUCGCCUACCACAAGCUCGGCGGCGCCAGCAUGGACACGCAGACCCCGCCGCAGGAGUGCGAGUGCGGCGUGCAACCAUCCGUCUUCUACUUGCUCGCUACACUGCUUCUCACGAGUUGCUCAACGGCGAUGCUAUGCGCGUCCAUCAUGACAGACCACUGGGAGCACGUGGUUUGGGAGCGAGCCGCGCUAGCGGCGCUAGCCAACGCGUCUAGUACUACGCUACAGUGGCUACUGGACGAGAAAGUCGCUAAAAUCGAGCACACAGGUCACAGGAAAGGUGAGGGGACUUUCCUGGUUCCUAUGAAUGGCGGCAUAUGGACGAUGUGCGUGUCUCUGGAAGAGGAGGAAGUGUCCAUAUUGUCCAGAGCCGGCUUCCCGACACAGCCGGUGUGCACAAACUAUUUGGCUGACAGCGAGGAUGAUGAGCCCAGGGCGGACUGGCAGCACCGUAUGCAGAACCUAUCCAUAUCGUGCGCGCUUGUGUGCCUCAUAGUGCUAGGGAGCGCUGCUCUCGUGGGUGCUUUUGGAGUUUGCAAGCAUCAGAUCAGCGCAGUUUUGGUUACCGGGGUCAUGUACCUUCUAGCUGGUCUGUUUGCGAUGUUCACCCUCAUGAUAAUCCACUUCAAGCGCGUCCAGCGCACGUCGACGCGCGGCGCGCACGGCGACGGCACCGGGGACGGGGUCGUAGGGCCUCAGGCCCCGGCCUACCCCCUCCUAGCCGCCAGAGAAUUCUCUACAGCCUGGUCACUAGAGCUGGGGUGGGGAGGAGUGGUCCUAGCUACCACCACGUCGCUGCUUUGGAUACUUUUGUCGAAAAUUAUGAGAUAUAAUCCUUUGUCCGCAAUGUUGUUGUAAAUUUGAUGUUUUAUGUUGGAAAC